UUUUUUUCAUCUGGGUUUUCUUAGAUUGCAGUAAGUUUUUUGGGCAAAGGGUUAAAAAGUUUCAAAGAGCAGAGCUUUUGCCCUUUGUAGAACCAAGAAAAUGGAGGAAAGGAGAAAGAAAGAAUUGAUUUACUUUUUGCCAAGUUUAGACGAGUCUCUGUAGUUACUAGAAAAGAUUAAUAUGUUCUCAAUUUUUUCUUUUUAAUACCAAAACCAGAGUUUUACAGAAAACAUACAAAACCAAAAUACCUACCUAUCUCCCCUCCUUUUACCGGAUUUGGGUGGCCAAACUAUUAAUUAAUAGAAUAGCAUUCAAACUGUUUAGGGACUUACAAAAUAAAAACUCUGAAUCCAACGGUGGAAUUCCACGCAAGCAUGAACAUUCUCUGUAAUCUCUUCACCAUUCAAUGUCUUGUAUGUAUAUCAUAUUAAAUUCAAAGAUUCUUACCUUUCUGAGUCAGAUCAUGCCCUUUUGUCAGUCACAGUACUAUCACUCAAGUCAAGUUGCCUUAAACUUCUGUCAGUUCUCAGAGAAGAAAGUUAAAUAAAAUGGGAUUCAAAACUAACAAAUGUGUCAAGCAUUUUCUUGGCCUCGUGCUUGUUCUUUCCAAGAUCCAAAAUGACUGUUAUGUGAUGUUUAUAAAUGUUCAACAUUGUUCAGAUUUUUUGAGUCUACAACCACAAUUUGGUGACCUGGAAAAGUGGAAUUGAAUAGCUUGCUAGCAUAGGCACAGCUAAUGGGGCACUUCUCCUCCAUGUUCAGUGGACUGGUGAGGUCGCUAUCCAUCAAGAAAGGGAAAAAUAACCGUGGAAAUUCUGAUGCAAGAGAUGCUGCUGAAGCAAUGGCGAAGGAGGCGAAGAAGAAUGACAUGAUACUGCGCUCUUCCGGGAUUGUCAAUGUUGAUGGUUCAAACAAUUUUGCUUCAGUUUUCUCAAAGAGAGGCCAGAAAGGAGUGAACCAGGACUGCUGUAUUGUGUGGGAGGAAUUUGGGUGCCAAGAGGACAUGAUGUUUUGUGGAAUAUUUGACGGGCAUGGUCCAUGGGGACAUUUUGUGGCAAAAAGGAUCAGAGAAACAAUGCCACCCUCUUUGUUGUGUAGUUGGCAAGAGACACUAGCUCAAACUUCCCUCGAUCCAGAUUUGGACUUGGAAUUGGAUAAAAAGGGUCACCGGUUUAAUAUAUGGAAGCAUUCCUAUAUCAAAACUUGUGCUGCUAUUGAUCAGGAGCUUGAUCGGCAUCGUAGAAUUGAUUCCUUUUACAGCGGAACAACUGCCCUCUCUAUUGUGAGACAGGGUGAACUUAUUUUUAUAGCAAAUGUUGGUGAUUCUCGUGCUGUUUUGGCUACCACUUCAGAAGAUGGAAGCUUAGUGCCAGUUCAGCUUACUGUUGAUUUCAAGCCCAGUUUACCUCAGGAGGCGGAGCGAAUAAUUCAAAGCAAAGGGCGGGUGUUCUGCUUAGAUGAUGAACCAGGGGUGCAAAGGGUGUGGCAGCCAGAUGGGGAAACACCAGGACUUGCAAUGUCUAGAGCCUUUGGAGAUUACUGUGUGAAGGGCUUUGGGCUCAUUUCUGUGCCUGAAGUGACACAGAGAAAUAUAACAAGCAGAGAUCAAUUUGUUGUGUUGGCAACUGAUGGGGUUUGGGAUGUUGUUUCAAAUCAAGAAGCAGUGCAGAUUGUAGGUUCAACAGCAGACAGGGCAAAGUCUGCUAAGCGUCUGGUGGAGUGUGCCGUGCAUGCAUGGAAGCGCAAGAGGAGGGGAAUAGCAAUGGAUGAUAUUUCAGCCAUUUGCCUCUUCUUUCAUUCUUCCCCUUUGUCUGACCCUCAGCAAGUUCACCCAAUCAGUAUUGCCACACCAAAAUAGCUUGCAGAAAUCUUGCUCAUUCUCCUUGUUUAUCAAAUCUUGCUCCUCCUUCUUGUUUAUCAUGUAACUUUGUAGUAGUUUGAUUUUGGUUAGAUGUUUGAUUAGGAAGUUAGGCAAGCAAAAAUCUUGGUUCAGAUUUCAAUCAACAGCUAGAUGCUUCUAUAGUUGUGUGCCCAAUUAAGUUUCAAGAUACAUAGGCUUCCUAUGGUAGGUAUGUCCAGUGAUGCCCUUAUCCUACUUAUGGAAUGUAAACAAAUGAUCGGAAACGUUCAAUUGUGUAGGUUCUGUUUCGAGGAUUAUUCAUGAAAAAAAUCAGGUAAAUUGGAAAUUAUUUAAUUAUGCACGUUUUUUU